GACUACGCCGACGCGAUCCUCAACUAAUUUUCCCCCAAAAAGGCGUGGAAUCCGGCUGCUCCCGGCGGUUGCCGCGCCGCCGCCGCACCUGCUCCUGCUCGUCGGCGCAUGAGCUUCCUCCGCGCGCUCGCGGACUCCCUGUCGUCGCUGCUAUACUCGGUGGCGGGAGGUGCGGCGGCGGAGGGGGCAGAUCGCAUGGACGCGCCGUCCCCCGCGGCGGUGGUCGGGGAGCGCGUGGCGGUGAAGCUCAAGGGCUACUUCGAGCUCGCCAAGGAGGAGAUCGACAAGGCCGUGCGCGCAGAGGAGUGGGGGCUCCCCGACGACGCCGCCGCGCACUACCGCAACGCGCUCCGCGUCAUGCUCGAGGCCAAGGCCGCCCGCGUCCCGGACGCCGUCUCCUCCAGCGAGAGGGGGCAGGUUAGGGUCUACCAGGAGAAGAUCGCUAAGUGGCAGACUCAGGUCGAGGAACGGCUCCGGGUACUCGGCCAGAGGAGUGGAGUGGCUUUGUCCGUGCCAAAGAAGGUUGUUACAAACAAUCCUGUUAAUAGGAAUGACAGAGCAGCGUCAACUAGCUUCCAUAGGUCCAAUUUGCAGCCCAGCCCUACCUUUAACAGAGGCGGUCAAGCAUCUUCUCAUCAGAAGAAUAUCAGUGGAAGUGCCAAGCCUGUGCAAAGAACUGGUGCAAACGAUGAUAAGCUUGUUGAAAUGAUAAAUACAACCAUUGUAGAUAGAAGUCCUGCUGUUAAAUGGGAAGAUGUUGCUGGUCUUGACAAAGCAAAGCAAGCACUCAUGGAAAUGGUUAUUUUACCUACCAAGCGAAGAGAUUUGUUUACUGGUCUUCGGAGGCCUGCUAGAGGGCUUCUUCUCUUUGGUCCCCCGGGAAAUGGGAAAACAAUGCUUGCCAAAGCUGUUGCAUCAGAAUCUGAAGCAACAUUUUUUAAUGUUUCUGCUUCUUCACUGACAUCAAAGUGGGUAGGAGAGGCUGAAAAGCUUGUUCGGACACUUUUCAUGGUUGCUGUUGAUAGGCAACCAUCUGUUAUUUUUAUGGAUGAGAUUGAUAGUGUCAUGUCAACAAGGUUAGCCAAUGAGAAUGAUGCUAGCAGGCGGUUGAAAUCUGAAUUUCUUAUCCAGUUCGACGGGGUCACUUCAAACCCAGAUGAUCUUGUGAUUGUUAUAGGGGCUACUAAUAAGCCACAAGAGCUGGAUGAUGCUGUUCUUCGUAGACUGGUAAAGAGAAUUUAUGUGCCACUACCUGAUCCAAAUGUCCGUAGAUUACUUCUGAAAACUCAGCUCAAAGGGCAGUCAUUCAAGUUAUCCAGUCAUGAUCUUGAAAGGCUUGCUGUUGAAACUGAAGGAUAUUCCGGGAGUGAUCUGAGGGCUUUGUGUGAGGAGGCUGCAAUGAUGCCAAUCAGAGAGCUUGGUCCACAGAAUAUUCUCACUAUAAAAGCAAAUCAGCUGCGGCCCCUGAAAUAUGAAGAUUUCAAGAAAUCCAUGACAGUGAUUAGGCCAAGCCUACAGAAGAGCAAGUGGGAUGAGCUGGAGAAAUGGAACGAAGAAUUUGGUUCAAGUUAGCACCAAAGAAUUUGGUUCAAGUUGACACCAGACAAUGGUGCGCUCUUGGAUCAGAAGUUUUUAGUUGGGCCUAUAUAGCAUUUGCUCGUCAUAAUUGUUGGUUUGCAAGUGAUUGCAUUCCCAUUCAACCAUUGAUAUCCCUUGUCAUCUAUAACAUGUACAUCAUUACAUGUACAAGAAAAUUCUAUACUGCAUGGGCCAUUUUAGCGAGCGGAAGCUAAAGAUAAACUUAUGAGUAAAUUGAGGCCCAUAUGGCUCCAACCUGUACAGACAUUCAUGUAAACAGACACUGCCCAAAAUAUAUUUGUACCACUCCUUCCUUU